AUGGCUGGAUCGGCGUUACGACGUUUAAUUGCUGAAUAUAAACAAUUGACAAAUAAUCCACCUGAUGGAAUUUUAGCUGGACCUCUUAGUGAUGAGAAUUUUUUUGAAUGGGAAGCACUUAUAACAGGACCGAGUGGUACAUCAUUUGAAUAUGGAGUAUUUGUUACUCGUCUUCAUUUUCCAAGUGAUUAUCCAUUAAGUCCACCGAAAAUGAAAUUUAUGAGUGAAAUUUUUCAUCCAAAUGUUUAUCCUGAUGGAAGAGUGUGUAUUUCAAUUUUACAUGCACCUGGUGAUGAUCCAAUGGUAAGAAUAUUGAAGUUUUAUAAAGUUCAUUACGUACUGCAUAAUCGACUGAUUUAGAUUUCGUUUGUAACCAUUAAAGUAUAGAUUUCUCAACUCGUGUUUCUCCUCUCUUUCUCUGGGUAGAACUCGUCGAGUGAAUCUAGACUAGAAUACGAUGAAUUAUAGUUAGAAAAGUAAAAAUCAAUUAUAAUACAAUCAUGUGGAUUAUACCUGAGUAAUGCCCAUUAUGCUAACUAUUAAUACAAAUAAACGAAAGAAAAUCCAGAUAUUGAUAUCUCCAAAAUCAUAUUAGAAAGUUUUGAAAUAAUAUUGUCAUUACAUAAAAUUACCUACUCAAUCAAGUAUUACAGGACAAUAGAAUCUUUAAAGAUUAUGUUGAUUUAUAACAAUUUAGUUAUUCUUACUAAUUAUAGGGCUAUGAAACAAGUGCCGAACGAUG